AUGUCAGAGGUGUCAAAAACUGGGCACUCGCGGCGCUUUGGGCGCUUCACGCAUGGGGAGUCGGACACGCUGGUGGACGCCUCGGUGAGCUCGACGCCCACGUCCGCCCCGGGGCCGUCGCCGGCGGACGAGCGCUCCAGCGGCUCGGGCAGCCAGCAGACGGUGGUGGAGAGGGAGACGGACGCCGACCUGCGGGAGGGCACGCGCUCCGAGCUGGGCGGCGUGGCCUGCCGGCGCCCGGCCCUCCGCCACAAGGCCGCCUCCCUGGACGAGCGGCGCCGAGCCGCCGAGCUGGAGCUCAAGUUCUCGGCGGAGCUGAGCCGCAUCAAGGGCAGCGUCUCCAAGCAGCAGCUGCGGUGCUCCCAGGAGCUGGCCAAGACCCCCGAGCCCGCGGCCCCCCGCGUGGUGCAGAAGGUGCAGCCCAUGCACGCCGCCCCGGCUGCACGCGUGCCAUCGCCACAGGUGCCCGCGGAGAACACGCGUGUCGUUCAGCAGCUGGCCCUGUCCAGCAUGGGGAUGGACGUGGCCCCCGAGACGCGGUUCCUGCCCUGGGCGCGGCCCGGCCUGGAGCACGAGGGCAGCCUGGAGCGCCGCGCGUCAGGACCGCGUGGCGCGCGGGAGCCUGAGAGGAGGCCGCCGCGGGUGGGCGAGAGGAAGGAUGGUGCCGCGCCGGCCCCCGAAGGAAGAAGUGCCCGGAGCAAGGGGAAGGGGCGCCGGGUCCGGCCCACGUCCCCGGAGCACGAGUCCUCGGACGACUCCUACGUCUCGGCGGACGAGGACCCGCUGGAGGCGCCCGUCUUCGAGAUCCCCAUCCAGGACACGGCCGUGACCGUGGGGGGCGAGGUGCUGCUCAAGUGCAUCGUCACUGCCAACCCCUGCCCCGAAGUGUCGUGGCGCAAGGACGGGGUGCCCCUGCGCAGCUCGGUGGCGCGGCCCAUCCGGGCGGAGGGUGAGCGCCACACGCUGCUGGUGCGCGGGGCCCGGGCGGCCGACGCCGGGCUCUACACCGUGGCGGCCGCCAACGAGGUGGGCGAAUCCUGCUGCAGCGCCAUCCUCACCGUGCGGCCCGGACGUGCGCCGGCCCCGGCUCCGCUUCCUUCCCCGCGGCCCCGAUCCCGCUGCAGGGACUGGCCUGGGGACUGGGGGAGGUCCCUGGGGGGUGCAGAAGUCACCAGUGGUGCCCUGAGCUUGGCUGUCCUUUGGGCACUGGUUGGGGGGCUGCUUUGGGACCCCCCAAGCCUCCCCACCCACGUAGGGCUGGCAGUGGUGGGACCCAGCACCUGGGUGGGGAGGGGCUGGGCCAGGCCAGGGGGGCUGUGGGGGUGCACCGCAGCUGGGAUGCAGUCGCCUGAGCCGCCUGCGCUGCCCACGCCCUGGCACAGUGCCCCUGCGCCCCCCCGGCCCCUGGCCAGCCCGGUGGCCUCGGACGAGGAGUAUCUGAGCCCGCCGGAGGAUCUGCCCGAGCCUCCCGCCCCCCGGGCCCGCGCCCCGGACCCCGGCAUCAAGGUGGCGCCAGCCUUCGAGACGACGCUGUCGGACCAGGCAGUGCUGGAGGGGCAGGACAUCAGCAUGAGCGUGCGGGUCCGUGGGGAGCCCAAGCCCAUCAUCUACUGGCUGAGGAACCGGCAGCCGGUGAAGUACGGGCGCCGGCACCGCGCGGUGGAGGAGGAGGAUGGCGGCGCCUUCACGCUACGCAUCGCGGCGGCCGAGCUCCCCCACUCCGGCUACUAUGUCUGCAAGGCCAUCAACGAGUACGGCACGCGGCAGUGCGAGGCCAAGCUGGAGGUCAGAGCGCACCCCGCCGGGUCGGCGCUGGCCGUCGUGGCACCGCUGCAGGACGUGGUGGCCGGGGCGGGGGAGCGGGCGCUGUUCGAGUGCCUGGUGCCCGCCCUGCUCCAGUGCAAGAUGCACUUUGACGGGCGCAAAUGCAAGCUGCUGCUCAGCUCUGUGCACGAGGACGACAGCGGCGUCUACACCUGCAAGCUCAGCACCACCAAAGAGGAGCUGACGUGCAGUGCCCGGCUGACGGUGCGGCCCUCGGUGGCACCGCUCUUCACCCGCCCGCUGGAGGACCUGGCCGUGGUGGAGGGGCGCGCAGCCCGCUUCGACUGCAAGAUCAGCGGCAACCCGGCACCUGCUGUCACCUGGACCCAUUUCGGGCUGCCGGUGCAGGAGAGCGAGAACGUGCGGGUGCUGCGGGACCGGGGGCUGCACUCGCUGCUCAUUGCGCACGUGGGUGCCGAGGACGAGGGGCGCUACGCCGCCAGCGCCCGCAACGCCCACGGCCAGGCCGAGAGCGCCGCCCAGCUCUACGUGGAGGAGCCGCGUCCCGCCGCUGCCGCCCACGUCUCCAAGCUGGAGAAGAUGCCGUCCAUCCCCGAGGAGCCGGAGCAGGUGGAGACAGAGGCCGAGCGCUUCACCAUGCCCGACUUCCUGCGGCCACUGCAGGACCUGGACGUGGUGGAGGGCAAGGAGGCCGUGCUGGAGUGCCAGGUGGUCGGGCUGCCCUACCCCACCAUCGCCUGGUUCCACAACGGCGCCCGGCUCCGCAGCGCCGACGACCGCCGCAUGACGCAGUUCAAGGACGUCCACCGCCUGGUGUUCGCGGCCAUCACCCACGCACACGCCGGCGUCUACAAGAGCGUCAUCGCCAACAAGGUCGGCAAGGCCACGUGCUAUGCUCACCUCUACGUCACGGACGUGGUGCCGACACCUCCCGAUGGCCCCCCCACCGUGGCCGCGGUGACCGGCAAGGCCAUCACGCUCACCUGGAACAAACCCCGCUGGCUGGAUUCGGCCAUCGACCCAGCCACCGUGACCUACACCAUCCAGCAGCAGGUGGUGGGCACCAGCCACUGGACCGUCUUUGCCACGGGUGUGCGGGACACGGCCUACACGGUGCACGCGCUCACCAAGGGGGCUCUCUACCUCUUCCGCGUCAUCACCGCCACCCCCAAGGCCACCAGCAAGCCAUCACCGCCCGCCGGACCUGUGCAGCUGCUGGACCGCGGCCCCUACUUGGAGGAGGCGCCAGUGAUCCUGGACAAGCCAGACGUGGUGUUCCUGGUGGAGGGGCAGCCAGCCGCUGUCACCGUCACCCUCAACCACGUGGAGGCCACGGUCACCUGGAGGAGGGGCGAGGCAGUGCUGGGCGAGCAGGACGGGGCGUACGAGCUGAGCAUGCCGGACGACGACCAGCACAGCCUGCGCAUCUUCCGGGUGGGCCGGGCCGAUGCCGGGGAGCUGGCCUGCGAGGUCUGCAACCCGCACGGCGCCGACACCUGCUCCAUCGCCCUCGAGCUGGCAGAGGCUCCGCGCUUCGAGUCCAUCAUGGAGGACAUCGACGUGGGCACAGGCGAGACGCCGCGCUUUGCCGUGGUCGUGGAGGGGAAGCCGCUGCCCGACAUCAUGUGGUUCAAGGACGAGGUGCGGCUGGAGGAGAGCGCCCACGUGAGCUUUGUGUACGACGACAGCGAGUGCUCCCUGGUGCUGCUGGGCGCCACCCCCGAGGACGCCGGCGUCUACACCUGCACGGCUCGCAACCCCGCCGGCCUCGUCUCCUGCAAGGCCGAGCUGGUCGUGCGCCAAGCCCAGCCCAAGGCCGAGGCGGCGGCAAGCGAGGACAAGGCGCGGCGGCUGACUGACUACUACGAUGUGCAUGAGGAGAUCGGGAGAGGGGCCUUCUCCUACCUGCGGCGGGUGACGGAGAAGAGCAGCAUGCUGGAGUAUGCCGCCAAGUUCAUCCCCGGGCGGGCCAAGGCCAAGGCGUCAGCGCGCCGGGAGCUGCACAUCCUCUCGCGCCUGGACCACGAGCGCAUGGUCUACUUCCACGAUGCCUUUGAGAAGAAGAACGCCCUCAUCAUUGUCAUGGAGCUCUGCGCGGAGGAGGAGCUGCUGGACAGGAUGGCCAGGAAGAUCGCCGUGUCCGAGUCCGAGGUUCGCUCCUACAUGCGGCAGGUGCUGGAAGGGCUCCGCUACCUGCACCAGUGCGGCAUCCUGCACCUCGACAUCAAGCCUGACAACCUGCUGAUGGCCGACCCCAGCAGCGAGCAGGUGCGGAUCUGCGACUUCGGGAACGCACAGGAGCUGACGGCGGGCGAGCCGCAGUACUGUGCCUACGGCACGCCCGAGUUCGUGGGGCCCGAGAUCGUCAGCCAGAGCCCUGUCUCCCCCGUCACCGAUGUCUGGCCUGUCGGGGUCAUCACCUACCUGUGCCUGACCGGGAUCUCGCCCUUCGUGGGCGAGAACGACCGCACGACGCUGAUGAACAUCCGCAACUACAACGUGGCCUUCGAGGAGCGCGGCUUCUGCGGGCUGACGCGCGAGGCCAAGGGCUUCGUCAUCAAGGUGCUCGUCAGCGACCGCCUGAGACCCGACGCGGAGCAGACGCUGGAGCACCCCUGGUUCAAGACGCUGGCCAAAGGGAAGACCAUCUCCACUGACCACCUGCGGCUCUUCAUCUCCCGCCGGCGCUGGCAGCGCUCCCAGAUCAGCUACAAGUGCCACAUGGUGCUGCGGCCCAUCUCGGAGCUGCUGGCCGACGCUUGCGACCGCCUCUCGGUUGCCGUGCCCCGGCACUCAGCGGAGCCGGCGGCCCUGUCGUCCUCCUCCGACUCGGACGACCUCGAGGAGCUGCCCUGCCUGCCCGUGCCCCACCCCACCGCCGCCGAGGCCGCCGGCUCCCGCGUGUCGCUGGAUGAGAUCCCCACGGACGAUGAGGCAGCGCCCAUGGACUGGCAGGGCGAGGAGGCCGAGCAGCGGCCACGGGGCGCCAGAGCCUGGAAGCCCGCUAUGGAGCCGGAGGAGCCCGGGUCCGCGGACAAGGAGCCCCCCGCGUCCCAGCGGCGCCCCGAGCUGCACAAGGGCUCCAGCCCAGAGCUGCCAGGGCCGGCGCGCCCGUCCUCCCGCCGCGGCGAGCUCAAGCGCGGCAGCUCUGCCGACAGUGCCCUUCCGCUGCGCCCGCCGCCCGAGCACCGGCUGCAGAAGAGCAGCUCCUUCAGCCACGGCGACGCCGAGCCCGUGACCCUGCGGCGCCGCUGUGGCGCCCCCCUCGAGAUCCCGCUGGCCCAGCUCGAGGCCCAGCAGCUCCAGGAGUCACCGUCGCUCUCAGCCCUCACCGAGUCCCGGCCCCACACCCCGCGGGAUGGCCCCGUGCCCGUCCCUGAGCUGGGGGCACCCCACGACAAGGCCGCCCCCGGGAAGGCGCCCGGCGCAGAUGCUGGAGCCAAGCCGGGGCCCAGGCCUGGCUCGGCUGAGCCUGCGGGGGAGCAGUCGGUAGCAAAGCUGCAGCCGAGGCCGGAGGCCGCCCGAGCUCCCACCGAGGCCGCCACCAAGCCCAGAGCCACGAUGCCGGAGCCUGCGCCGGGCACCCGAGCCCCCAAGCCCUCAGCGUACGCUGAGGUGAUGCAGUCCAUCCUGGUCCCGGCGGAGCCCGGCCAGGCCCGGCAGGCGCCCGCGCCCACCCCCAGCCGGGGCCGGCGGCAGUCCUGGGGCCUGGAGAAGCCGGAGGCAGAGAGCGGGGGCGAGUCGCCCGUGGUGGCCGUGCGGCGGCAGAUCAGCUCAGCCGUGGAGCGCGUGUCCCUGCGGCUGUGGGGCCAGGCCGAGGACCGGCGGGAGGCGGAGGGGGCCGAGGCACCCGAGAAGCGCACGCCCCUGCUGUCCCGGCUGCGCCGCGCCAACUCGGAGGGGCAGAACCUGCGCCAGGUGGGCGUCCCCCAGGACCAGCUGGGGGCCCAGGCUGCCGCCGCGCCCCCCUCGUCCGAGUCCCUCGCCUCCGAGGCCAGCGCCCGCUCCGACACCUCCACGAAAGCCUCCGGGCGCUCGCGCUGGGACCGCUGGGGCCUGUCGCGGGGCAAGAAGGACAAGGUGGCCUCGCAGCCCAACCUGCCGGCCAGCGUCCUGCGCGAGGAUGGUGCCGCGCCGGGCCGCCCCUACGUGCCCAGCGAGUCAGACUUCCCCCCCGUGUUUCACAUCAAGCUGAAGGACCAGGUGCUGCUGGAGGGCGACCCGGUGACUCUCUGCUGCCUACCAGCCGCCAGCCCCUCUCCCCGCAUCAUCUGGAUGAAAGACAAGCAGCCGCUGGAGCCGGCGGAUGGGGCGAGUGUGGUGUCGUGCAAGGACGGGCGCCAGCUGCUGACCAUUGCCAAGGCCAGCCGGCGGGACGCGGGGCUGUACGAGUGCGUCGCUGCCAACGCCCUGGGCUCUGCUGCCAGCUCCUGCACCCUGGCGGUGGCACGGCUCCCCGGGAAGCCGGGCACCCCCGAGAUCCCGCAGAAGUACAAGAACACGGUGCUGGUGCUGUGGAAGCCCUCGGACAGCCAGGCCCCCUGCACCUACACGCUGGAGCGCAAGGCCAACGGGGAGCAUGAGUGGAAGAUCAUCAGCUCGGGCAUCGCCGACUGCUACUUCAACGUGACGGAGCUGCCGUCCGGCACCACCGUGCGCUUCCGCGUCGCCUGCGUCAACAAGGCCGGGCAGGGCCCCUACAGCAGCCCCUCCGAGAAGGUCGUGGUGGAGGGCGCAGAGCCCCCCGGUGCCAGGAAGCCAGUGGCUGCCCCCCCUGAGAGAGAGGCUGCCUCCCGGUCCACCCAGACGCCUCGGGACCAGAGCACCGGGGCUGCACUGGCUACCCCACCCCACGCGCACCAGGCGGUCGGGCCUGGUGCUGCCCAGGACGAGGUGGUGCCCGAGCCUCCCCCGGGCGGUCCUGCUCUGGCCAUCACGGUGUCGGCACUGCCGGAGCCAGCACUGAUGCCGGCCAGGACUGCACCCCCUGUCCCGGCUGCAGCCGCCCCCGAUGGACCGGUCUCACCAGUGCCCACGGCUGCACCAGCCCAGGUCUCACCAGCGCCCACGGCUGUCCCACAUGCCCAGGUCUCACCAGUGCCCAUGGCUGCGCCAGCCCAGGUCUCACCAGCGCCCACGGCUGCGCCAGCCCAGGUCUCACCAGCGCCCACAGCUGUCCCACAUGCCCAGGUCUCACCAGUGCCCAUGGCUGCGCCAGCCCAGGUCUCACCAGCGCCCACGGCUGCGCCAGCCCAGGUCUCACCAGCGCCCACGGCUGUCCCACAUGCCCAGGUCUUGCCAGCACGUGCGGCCGCACCAGCCCGGGCCUUGCCUGCCCCUGCAGCCACCCCAGAUGCCGGGGUCUCCCCAGCCCCCACGGCUGCCCCAGGUGCCAGGGUCUCGCCCAUCCCACCAGCCCAGCCGGCCUCCAAGUUCUCCCCCAUCGCGCCGGCGGCCCCCUCCGCCAACACGGUGCCAGUGCGGAAGGUGGCCCCGUCAGCAGCCCCCAAGUUCAUGGUCACCUCCUUCGUCUCCCUGCCGCCUGCACCACCGCCCACCGAGGACGUGCCCGCAGCCCCCACGCCCAGCCGCAUCAGCCCUGUGGGGCGAGAGGCCCCCGCGGCCAAGGACAGCUCGGGGCUGCACCAGGGGGUGCCGCAGAAGCCCUACACCUUCCUGGACGAGAAGGCCAGGGGCCGGUUCGGGGUGAUCCGGGAGUGCAAGGAGAACGCGACGGGGAAGCGGUUUAUGGCCAAGAUUGUGCCGUACGAGGCGGAGCGGAAGCAGAGCGUGCUGCAGGAGUACGAGGUGCUCAAGGCGCUGCGACACCAGCGCAUCAUGGCCCUGCACGAGGCCUACAUCACGCCCCGCUACCUCGUGCUCAUCUGCGAGAGCUGUGCCGGCAAGGAGCUGCUCUACAGCCUCGUCGACAGGUUCCGCUACUCGGAGGACGACGUGGCGAGCUACCUGCUGCAGAUCCUGCAGGGCCUCGAGUACCUGCACGGGCGCCGUAUCGUGCACCUGGACAUCAAGCCCGACAACAUCCUCGUCUCCUGCGUCAACACCAUCAAGAUCGUCGACUUUGGCAGCGCCCAGACCUACAACCCGCUGGUGCUGCGGCAGCUGGGACGGCGCGUGGGCACGCUGGAGUACAUGUCCCCGGAGAUGGUGAAGGGCGACCCGGUGGGCUCGGCGGCUGACGUCUGGGGGGUUGGUGUCCUCGCCUACAUCAUGCUCAGCGGCCGGUCGCCCUUCUUCGAGCUGGACCCCAUCGAGACGGAGAACCGGAUCCUGGCCGGACGCUACGACGCCUUCAAGCUGUACCCCAACGUCUCGCAGAGCGCCGCCCUCUUCAUCCGCAAGAUCCUCUCCAUCUACCCCUGGAGCCGGCCCACGGUCAAGGACUGCUUCGCCAACCCGUGGCUGCAGGACGCCUACCUGAUGAAGCUGCGGCGCCAGACGCUCACCUUCACCACGCAGCGCCUCAAGGAGUUCCUGGUGGAGCACCAGCGGCGCCGGGCCGAGGCCGUCACCAAGCACAAGGUCUUACUGCGCUCCUACCCUGGCGGCCAGCCGCCUGCCGCGCCCUAGCAACGCGCCACGCCUGC